AUCAGCCAAUCAACGCCGCCGUUGGCCCUCGAAACAACCCGCUUGUUUUGACGUUGACCUCAGAAACAUCAGAUAAAGGCUUCAGCUUUUGCACAACCUCGAUUUUACAUAUCUGCUUUUUAGUCGAAAAGCAGACUUUUUCGACUAAAAACUUCUACUAAGAACUUCUCAGGAACUUGGACGACCAGUGUUGCCAAUGAACACGGGCAGGUUAUCAUGUCGGUGCUUACAGAAAACAAAGAGUUUGGUCUUAAGGGGAUGAUCUCCGGUGUCAUAAAUAGGUACAAGGAAGCCGCAGAGGCUCCUCCUGAAGUUCUGUAUGCCAAUGGAGACUGCUGUGGGUCCAGCUCUCUCAGAAAAGCAUUCAAAGAGUGGAAGGACAUGGAGGUCAGGUUGAACAUCUCUGAGUUCAUGCGAAGGAUUUCUGUGGGCUGCACGUUAGAGUCCCAUCAGAUAUACGCGACAUUCAUGGACCGCCUCACCCACUGUAUUUUCGAAUGGGAUGAGGAGGACCUGAAGCAGCUGAAGGAGGCGAAGCAUAAUGAGCUCAAUUCCGAUAUCGUCCAGCCUUCUGAUGAUGAACUAAUGCAUCACCUCAGCAGAAGCGAGUUGGCCCUCCACUGUAGACGAACCACGCGUGAUGUAAGGGAGAUCGAAGAACUCAUCACAGCACUCAUUCGGCUCUAUGAUGGGGAGGCGGGAUGGGACUCAUUAGGAGUGCCUCUCUUCAGUUCCAAUAUAAUGGCUGAGAUAUGGGAUUCCCAGAAGAAACAUUUGCCGUGUAUAGUGGAUCCUCUUGGUGUACAACUGUAUGAGCAGACUGGGACACUGGUGAAGGGAGGCCACCUUCUGCCAACCUACAAAUGUUUCAGAGGUUCCACCUCCAUUGAAUCCUUCCACCAGCAUCUGAACCAGCUCAUUCCAGGGGUGCCAGCUUGUUCUACAUUUCUCCAAAUUGAGUUUUUGGAUGGAUUGGUCAGGUGGAAUGAAGCGACUGCUGUGGCCUCAGAGGGCCUGCAGACACCUCAGUCUUACAUUGGGGUUCUUCAACAAGCUGUCGACCAGCUCGGAGAGGAAGUGCUUGGAAAGAACAUUGUGUCUACUAUCAGUACAAGUAAAUACACUAGUGAACUGAUUGGGUUAGAGUACCUGUACCAUCAGACUGGCAAAGCAAUCCAGGACAGUAGAUUUAUCAUUAGACAGAUGGAAACCACUGACGUCCAAGUGGCUAAAAGUGAGGGCUGCUGCAAACUAGAGGACAAUGGGGAUUGGACAAUCGCACAUCAACCCAUAGAAGCUUCUCCAUUGAUGACAAGCCGAGGUGCUCAGUUUCAGGGGGAAGAUCUCUUUCCUCCAAUCACUAAUUAUAUAUUUCCUUUGAUAGGAUUUCUCUGCGAGCUUUCUGUCACUUCUAUAUUUGAAGUACAGACAAGCUUUGUAAUUUACUUUUUUACAUAA